UUAAAACUGUUGUAAGUCCAGCCCAUUUUAUUUGGGUUCCAUUUUUCUUUGGUGGAGGGCCCAAUUGUGUUUUUACUUUGUUGACUAAAAAAAGGAGAGUAAAAAAAGGGCUGGGCAGUGGACUUACGGACAAGGUAGAGAGAGAGCAGAGAAAAAAAAAUCAAACAAGAUCACACAUGACUAUAUUUAGGCUUACACAUUGAGAGAAUUUGAUGAGUCAAAGUGGGUAGUGGCCGGGGUUGUUUUCUGGGCUUGUUUCUGUGCGAUGGAAUUUGAUCUGGACGAGUUCUUAGGUUCGACGCCGGAUUUUGAGCCGCCGGUGAAGUUUUCCGAGCACUUGGUCACGACUGACAAGCAUGUUGGUUUGGGGUCUGAUUCUCCGGGCGCCCGGAGCAGGGUUGUUCGGAUUGUGGUCACUGACGGGGACGCCACGGACAGCUCCGGCGAUGAGGAAGAAGACGGGUUGGUGGUGGGGAGGAGGAGGGUGAAGAGGCACGUUUCGGAGAUCAGGCUUGUUCCGCCGCCGCAGAGGGCGGAGCAUCGGGCGGCUCAGGGAAGCGCGAAGAAGAGGGCGGCGAGGAACCUGUCGCCGUCGGAAUCUGACGUGUGCGGCCUGAAGAAGUUCAAGGGAGUGCGUCAGCGGCCGUGGGGCCGUUGGGCGGCGGAGAUCCGCGACCCGACACAGGGAAAACGGGUCUGGCUGGGAACCUACGAUUCCCAAGAAGAAGCCGCCACCGCAUACGACAGAGCCGCCGUGAUGCUGAGAGGCGACGACGCCGUAACAAACUUCCCCAGACAAGCGGCGACGGAAAAGGCCGUCUGCACUCCGCCGAACAGCACCUCCGCGUCCAGCGACGUCGCUCUGUCGCCCGCCUCCGUUCUCCGCUUCGACUCCCUCACUCCCAGCCCGGCGAUGAGCGACGGCGAGUUUUCGGCGUUCGACGGUCUCGUCGGAGAAUUCGACUGUUCACUGGACUACAACAUGUCCUUCGGCCUGUCAGCUUAUUACCCGUUCCCCGGGAACCGCCGGACCGAGGAAUUCGGAGAGUUUGACUUUGACGAUUUUCUCGCUGACGUCAGAUAAAGCAGUCCCACUCUCAGGAUCGUAAAUUAAAACUCCCCGCGCGGGAAACUGCAAGGGUGCCGUGAUAGUUUUGGCGGGAAAAGAUACUAAGACAGACCCGUUUUCUUGCCGUAAAUCGGUAAAUUAUUUCUAGUAGCAAAUUUUGUAAAACAGUUAAAAGAGGGAAAUUUACCGCAAUGGGUAAAUUACG